AUGGCGACUGAAUUCACCCACAAUGCUCUUUCUGCGUUGCGAGACGCAGUCGCAGAACUCUGCCCUACACAGUUGAUCGAUCCCUCGUCGCCUGCAUUCAAAGAGGCCCAGAAGUCCUUCUGGAACCAAGUUCAGAGACAAAAGACCCCAGAAUGUUUUUUUCAGCCGGUAGAGGCUCACCAGGUUGCCAUGGCCAUCCUCGAGGUUGUAAAGCGAGACUGUUCGUUUGCAAUCAAAGGGGGUGGUCAUUCAUCAAAUCCCGACGGCUGCACCGUCAACGCUGGAUUUCAGUUCGACCUCGCCAAUCUCAACCACAUUGCACUUGCGGAGGACAAAUUAAGCGUCCGGGUCGGGCCCGGGGUGCGAUGGGGCGAUUUGUUCAAGGUUCUGGAGCCACAGGGCGUCAUUGCAGUGGGAGGACGGGACUAUGGAGUCGGGGUCCCUGGCUUUAUAUUUGGCGGAGGUAUCUCGUACCUAUCCGCUCAGGAAGGCUGGGGAAUCGACCAUCUUCUUGCCGUCGACAUUGUGCUGGCCAACGGGCAGCAGAUCACCGUCGACAAGAACUCCCAUCCAGACCUCAACCGAGCCCUCCAUGGAGGCGGCGCACACAACUACGGCAUCGAAGACCAUUUCGACGCUGUCUUCACAGCAUACGACAACUACACCCGGAGCCUCCCCGCCAACGGGAAAGCGCAUAUGAUCGUUGACUUUUUCCACCGCGACGGCGUGAUGAUCGCUGUUCACUUCAUGGGAUAUCCUGAACCACUUGCUCACCCGCCUAUCUACGAUGAGAUCUGCCGUAUCCCGAGCGUCGAUAAUACCCUCCGCCUGGCCGACUACAGCAAUCUAGCCGCGGAAAUGCAAAAGGUCACAGACAGCCGAGGGAAGAGAAAUGCGUACUGGACAGUCUGUAUGGCUUAUGAUAUUGAUUUGCUUAAGUCUGCAUACACAGCCUGGGCGCAAAUUACGGAGCCAUAUGCCAAGCGACUUCGAUUCGCCUUUGAUGUCAAUCAUAUCACCCCGGCGAUGAGGAAUAAAGGUGCUAGUGAAGGUUAUGGGAAUGUUUAUGGCUUGGAGGGCCCUAACGAGCUGCUUACCAACAUUCUUCUUACGAGUACGUGGACAGACGAGGCCGAUGACGAAGAAGUAGCGUUGGUCUUAGGGAGGUCGGGUGCAGCAAUCGAAGAUUUAUCGCGAGAGCAUGGGAAGUUUCAAUCUUUCAGGUAUAUGAAUUAUGCUCACCAGAGACAGGAUGUGAUUGCUAGCUUUGGUGAGAAGAACAAGGCGUUUUUAAAGGAAGUGGCGACCAAGUAUGAUCCAAAUGGGGUGUUCCAGAGACUCCAGGUGGGAGGGUUCAAGUUAGAUGGACCAAGAUCUACAUCCUGA